AUGGAUGAGACUUUACAUUUGGAACCAGGAACGUGCGGUUUAAGUUACAAGGCUUGCUUCAGAAGUGAUAUGACAAUGAUGCUAGAUUCAUCAACUGAAGACGAAGGUGAAGGAGAAUCUGAUAAUAAUAAUAAUGAUGAUGUUACCGAAACUAGACUAGAAUUGAAUAAUAAUCCACUUGAUUGGUGGAAAGCCCAUCAAACAGACUUUAAAAGGCUCUCCAAAGUUGCACUGAGGUAUUUAUCACUUCCACCAGCCAGUGUUCUCAGCGAACAACUAUUUAGCGGAACUGGAUUAAUAUACGAUCCACAAAGAAACAGAUUACAGUCUGAGAAGGCUGCAAUCUUGCUUUUUACUAAAUAUAACUCACCCGUUGUUAAAUUUAAUUAUUGA